UGGAUCCGGCGCUUAAACCCUUAGGAAAAAACCUAGCGGCGCUGAUGUCCUAUUCUCUUUCUCCCUUUCCACUUCAAAAUUUCUUCAUUGCCCAUAACUCACAGACUCACCAAUCAGCCCAAAAACUCUUCAAUAAAGCUAUAAUAUUGAGGACUGGAAAUGCUCUCAGUAUAUAGGAGCAGCUCAGUUGAGUGGAAGCCAUCACCGGUGGUAGCUUUAGCUACCAGCGCCGACGAUUCUCAAGUUGCUGCCGCUCGUGAAGACGGCUCUCUUGAGAUUUGGCUCGUUUCUCCUGGCUCUGUAGGCUGGCACUGUCAGCUCACAAUACACGGGAAUCCAAAUUCUAGGGUUUCUUCACUGGUUUGGUGUCGGUCCGGUUCGAGUGGUGGUUCGGCUGCUGGUCGGUUGUUUUCUUCCAGCAUUGAUGGAUCAGUUUCUGAAUGGGACCUUUUUGAUUUGAGACAGAAGAUUGCUCUAGAUUCUAUUGGUGUUUCAAUAUGGCAGAUGGCUGUGGAACCAUGCAAUAAUCCACAGCUUAAUCAAAAGCAGUCUCCUAAGCUUUAUGAAAAUGGCCACGUCAAUCACAGCAAUAACGAGAGCAGUGAUGGUGAGAGCAGUGAAAGCGAAGAUGGUGAUGACUCCAUAGAGCUUCACGAGGAUCUUGUUAGUGAUAAUAGCCGAAUAGCAUUUGCUUGUGAUGAUGGCUGUGUAAGAAUCUACUGUGUCAAUGAUGACGAAAACUUAACUUACAAAAGAUCAUUGCCAAGGGUCAGUGGACGUGCAUUGAGUGUCACUUGGAGUUCUGAUGCAAGUAGGAUAUUUUCUGGGAGUAGUGAUGGGUUUAUAAGAUGCUGGGAUGCCAAGUUUGCUCAUGAAAUCUACAGGAUAUCAGUUGGUCUUGGAGGUCUGGGUAGUGGAUCUGAAUUAUGCAUAUGGUCGUUACUUGCAUUGAGAUGUGGUACCCUUGUGAGUGCUGAUAGAACUGGGAGUGUUCAGUUCUGGGACACCAAGCAUGGGACUCUUGUGAAUGCCCUUUCCAAUCAUAAAGGUGAUGUUAAUGCUUUAGCAGCAUCUCCCAGCCAUAGAAGGGUGUUUUCUGCUGGCUCCGAUGGUCAGGUUAUACUUUAUAAGCUCUCUAUGGAUUUUGUCGGGGCUAAUGAUGGAAAUAUAACCUCUGGAGUCCUCAAGAAAUGGGUUUAUGUUAGUCAUGUGAGGGCCCAUACACAUGAUGUGAGGGCCUUGACUGUUGCUGUGCCCAUCAGUGCUGAAGAUUCCAUAGUUGAACGGGACGAAAAGAGACCUCGAUCUAGGUCGAACCCCCUUGAGUCUAGUUACCAUAAAUGGGCACAUUUAGGUGUGCCGAUGCUUAUCUCAGGCGGUGAUGAUACUAAACUUUUUGCAUACUCUGCGAGGGAGUUUACCAAGUUUUCCCCACAUGACAUUUGUCCUGCACCGCAGAGGCCGCAUAUACAACUUGCAAUAAAUACGAUUUUCAAUCAGUCUUCGUUACUCUUAAUCCAAGCGUCGUACUGGAUUGAUAUUUUGUGUGUUCGUGAAAUAAAUGGAGUUAAGUCUAACAGCUGUGGUCCAUCUGCUGGGGCUGCCAAGACAGAUCUGGUCGCCCGAGUUAAGUGUAAAGCUUCAAGGAAAAUUACAUGCAGUGCAAUUUCGCCUUCUGGUGCCUUUUUUGCUUAUUCUGAUCAUGUUAAACCCAGCCUUCUUGAGCUUAAGAGAAAUGCUGCCAGCAAGAGUCCAUGGGCAGUCAACAAAAGGCAUCUCCCUUUGGAACUGCCAUUUGCCCAUUCAAUGGUUUUCAGUGCUGAUUCUUCUCGGCUGAUGAUAGCGGGGUGUGACAGAAUGGUCUACGUGGUGGAUGUAGGAAGCUCAGAGAUAGUUUAUGUUUUUACACCUCGUCAUAAAGAAUAUGCUGAAGAACUGUUCCCGGCUGAACCUCCCAUAACUAGACUGUUCACCAGCACUGAUGGGCAAUGGCUAGCUGCUAUCAACUGCUUUGGAGAUGUAUAUAUAUUUAAUCUAGAGAUACAGAGGCAACACUGGUUUAUAUCAAGAUUGGAUGGUCAUUCAGUUAUGGCAGGUGGUUUUGCUCCUCAAAAUAGCAAUGUGCUUAUAGUAUCCACUUCGUCCAACCAGGUAUAUGCCUUAGAUGUUGAAGCUAAACAGUUGGGGGAAUGGUCAAGUCGUAAUACAUUUUCCCUGCCGAGAAGAUAUCAAGAAUUUCCUGGAGAAGUGAUUGGGCUUUCAUUCCCACCUUCCAAUUCAUCAUCUGUCAUCGUCUAUAGUCCAAGGGCAAUGUGUUUGAUCGACUUUGGGAAGCCAGUGGGUGGUGAUGAUGAGGCUGACUUAGCCAACGAUCAAGAUAUAUCAUUGAAGAAGCUACAUAGUAGUCUUGUGAAUGGAAGUUUGAAGCGUAAGUUACAAGUCAGUGAGUUGGAGAGUAAACAUAAUGGUAAAAAGAAUUUUGAGUUUCAUCCUUUCAGAGAUCCUGUCUUAUUUGUUGGACAUCUUUCAAAAACCUCUACCUUGAUCAUAGACAAACCUUGGAUUCAAGUGGUUAAAAAUUUUGAUGCUACACCUGUUCACAGACAUAUUUUUGGGACAUAACUGUUUUGUGCCAGGUGGUUUUUGUUUCAACUUACUAGGGAUUUUAGAGGGGCGAUUCAAGCCCUUUGCAAUGGUAGGUUUUUCUUUUGUUGUCACUCGGGGGAUGAAAGCAUGUUGUGUAAUGUAUUCUUUUGUUAGUCCAGUUAACUGUGAAAUCAAUUUUGAAGUUCAAUGUCAUUCAUUUUAUAUACAAGAGUUAUCUUAUGUAAAUUGCAUAUGUAAACUGAAGCUUUAUAUGACACCCUGAACACGAGUUUGACCA